CGUACUUAAAGACGCGCGCCGCGUCGCCGCUCGUCCCAGCUGCCUGCGGCGUCAUGCGUGUGUCGGCGGUUGCGGUUCGCUGGCUGGCGCUGCUGUGUCUGUGUCUGUGCCCGGGCCCGGCUGCGCGCUGCGCAGAGCUCACGGACGAGAACCGCCCCUACGAGUUCGGCUUCACCAUCCAGGGCCAGCAGCACCGCCACGAGAUGAAAGACUCAGAAGGCAUCAUUAAAGGUGAAUUUGGAUUCAUCACUGCUGAUGGAAUUUAUCACGUAACCGUGUACGCAACAGAUAAGAAUGGAGACUUCAUAAUUUUGAGCAUGAAAAACAUACGUGUCUCUCCACCGCUGGAUGGCUCAGCUCCCUACAGUCCGUCCCUGCAAGCAAACACUGGAAGCAGACAGUCUGCAGGCAGCCUCGCGCCGACCACCUCCCAACCAGCCACUCCAGCUGUGAAGGUGUUCACCGGCUGCAGUGGCUGCAAAGUCCCGGUCACUCUCUCGCCGCGUGAUCCAGGAAAUUCUCCCAAAGUAGAGCCUCAAAUACCACCGAAGCAAAGUAAUAUUUACACCCCAUUCCCACCUGUAUUUGCUACAAACCAUUUUCCUCCAUCUUCAACCCAGUCAAAUGUACCGAUUGCCAACACGGGUGUCCGCGAUACUGCCAUGAACGUUAAGACGCCGUUUAGCGAUAUUAAUAGAGAUGUGCCAUCGAUUGCCCAAACCGAAGCUAGUCCUCUCCCGGGAAGGGUUAACUUCCAAUCCAUAGACAGGUUUACAACUAAACCUACAUUUUUACCACCGCAGUCAAUUAGUAAAGAGGACCCCCGGACAUCUACAACUUCACCUUACGCCGUAGGGCAAUACCAAACAGCGGUUCCAGCAACAUUCCCUUCAGAUAAUGGGCAGCAACCUAAACCAGUGCCAUUUUUCGAGCAAGCCUUUCCGGCUCAAGGAAAUAAACCAAUAGCAGGACCGCCAUUCAGAGGUAGCACCCCGGUUUCAGGACCAGUGUCAGGUGAAUACGUUCCGUCAUCUAUAAAAGGUGACACAUUUAAUAACGAGUUAACAAACCCCUCUGGAGACCGGAUAAAUAAUGCUUUUGGGUUAACAAACCCCUCUGGAGACCGGAUAAAUAAUGCUUUUGGGUUAACAAAUCCCCCUGGGGACCGGAUAAAUAACUUUGUUGGGUUAACAAACCCCUCUGGAGACCGGAUAAAUAAUGCUUUUGGGUUAUCAAAUCCCCCUGGAGACCAGAUAAAUAACGUUUUUGGGUUGACAAACCCCUCUGGAGACAGGAUAAAUAAUUUUGAUUCAUCUCAUGAAAUACAGCAAAAAAAUAGUUCUUUCACCAAUUUAGAUGGAUCCUCUUUCGGUGUUGAAAAGGAUGGUCUUCCGCCUGGAAUAACAGAAGAAGAUAUUAUGGCACUUUUGUACAAAUUUAAUUAUACUGUUGGUUUCCAUGGUCAUUAUGAGUCGGGCUACAGAAAUGGAAAUAAGUUGGGAGGCUACUUUUCGAAUGGAAGAGAUGGUUUCGGCAGAAAUGUUCAAUACGUCGCAAAUGAGUUUGGUUACCAACCAAACAUUACAUUAGUCAACCUAGGUUUGGAAUCUAAAGACACUCCGAAAGAAGAAACUGAGAAACAGUUUGGUUUGAAAGGUUAUGAGUUCAAAUGGUUCUUCAGAAGGUAGCGAUAUAUUUUUACCCCUUUGUUCUAGAGGAAUGUUUCUAACAAAAUAUCCCUCACCAUCAAAACCUUUUUUAGGUGGAGAAAACAAUUUUUUUACUCAAGACAUUUCUGUUGAAUUAAACAAAAAAAAUUAACUAAUGAAACGCCGACAUUUAUUUUACUAAUGCUAUGUUGAUGGUUCUACAUUAGCAGCCCUGAUGGUAAAUUUUUAUGAUUAAUUACGAACAAUUUUUAUCCUAUAGUUGUAAUUUACAAUGCAUUACUAUACCACUGCAUGUAGAAUAAAUAUAAGUUUGUCGACCACUUUUAUUGUUAAUGUAAAAUUAAAACGAAGAUCAGCACUGUGGCUUUCAUUUCACAAAUUACAGCUAAAGAACAUCAGAAUUUAAAGCUAAAGUAAACUCCCUGCCCUUGUGUAAAACGAAGUUCCAGUAGUCGCCAAAUUUCAGUGAUCCACACAGUAUAUCUGAAAUUCUACAUUUAAAACCUAUAAAAAAAAGUACUACUUCAAAUCUCAGUAAGCUUUUUGAAGAAAAAAAUAAAUUCAAUUUAAAAACUGGAAUUAGUGAAAUGCUUUUACUUUUCUUUUUAGUACACACUGAUUGAUUACUAGGUCUUACAAUUGUAUUCUUUCCGCAUAUUCUGCAGUUUUGUUGUACUUGUAUUUAUUUGUAUUUGAAGUAGCUUGUUUUGUAAAAUUAAUUUUUCAUCUGUAUCGAACAGUAUUUUGUGGUUGACAUAAAAUGUUAAAUUUACUUAUCAGUAAGAGAGAAGUUAACACAUAUAUUUUAAUGUAUAUAGUAAUUUUUUUAAUUGUAUUUUUAUAUUAAGUUUAGCGACUAACUCAUUGCUUUUUACCUUUUAAUUACCGGUUUUGAGGAUGUUUUCUUGCCGCUAACUAAUUGCUUUCUCUCCUGUCAUAUUUUCUACACGUAUGUAAUAUUAAAUCUGUGUAAUUUUAACACAUAUGUAUCCGUUUUGAGUGCAUUUUUGGUUUUUAAAUAUUUGAGUUUUCACGCCAUAUUUUCUUUGACACAACUUGCUAUUAAUACCCGUCAAUUUAGCUUGCUGAACGCCAAGUGUUUCCGUGUGAAUCGCACGCCUAAAGACGGUGCUGUUAUUUAAGCACAGGCAUUGAACUUUAAGAAACUGUGAUUAUGUGCGUUGAGUUUUCGCAGCACUGUUUUUUGCUACACUAUGAAGUUCCUCAGUUCGUGUUUAUUCAGGUUAUUUAUUACACGGGUUUCAAACUUUCUGUGUCUAUCAGGAGUCACAGACAUUUUAAUGUUAUUAAUUUUAAAUAAACAUAGAUAGCAGCCGUUUGAAAUUCGACGAAAAACAUGUCUGAAAGCUUAUGUAUUUCUUGUAUUACCUCUAGUGUAUUUUUGUGAAACCAUUUAUUUUACAAGAAUCUUUUGUGGAAGACGACUUAGGCAAUUUUUUUUUCGUAACUAAAGCACAGGGAAAAAGCAGCUAUUUGCAGAUACAGUAAAAUAAACAUGACUUGAAAUGUUUUCAAAUUUAAAACAUUUAAGUUCAGAAUGUGACUUUGUAUGAUUUGAAAAGUGUUUAUAGUCGUGUUAUGAACAGUAUAGUUUUUUUUUGUUUUGUUUUGGAAGCACAGUUGUGUUGUUAAAUUAUAAAAUGAAAAAUAUACAGUAUUAACAAAAAUCAUAACUUGUACCUACUCAAAUUUCUAUGAAUGUUAGCUUAAGAAAAUAUUUAAGUAAGAACACUUCAUUUCUCAAGCUAUAUAGUUACUAGCAGUUGAUAACUGUACUCAAACAAAGCUAUCUCUCAUGGCAGCGUAAAAAUAUGCUUUCAGAUUUAAUAUGGUGUGUUAACACUGGAUCAGACACACAAUAAUAAACAUUGACUGUCAAAAC